AUCAAUUCUAAGACAAAAGGUAAAGAUUAAAAAAACAAUACUUGGAGAGACAUGAAGCAAGGGGUAAGAAGCUUAGAGAGGUGGAAGGUGGUAAGGCUUUGAAUGCCAGACAGAAUUUUCUAUUUGAUCUUAGAGGAGAUGGGGAGCCACUAGAGGUUAUUGAAGGUAGGGGCAGGGAGAAUGAUGUGUCAUUCCUACACUUUAGGACAGUCAGUUUGGCAGCUUAAUGGAGAAUGGACUAGAAGGGAGGAAGGGACUGAGACGGGCAGAUACCAGCCCCUCCCCACCCCACCCCCCUAGCAUCUAUUGCAGUAGUCCAAGCAUGAGGACUUGAGAAAAAGUCUGCUCCAGGAUAGGGGCAGUGUCAGAGUUGAAGAGGCCACAUACUGGAGAGAUACUGCAGAAGCCGAAGUAUAAACUGUGAGAGAUGCUGCAGGUAAGGUGAACCAGAGUUUUAGCAAAGGUGAAAUGGACAAGGGAUAGAGCAAAGGUGAAAUGGACAAAGGAUUGGAGCAGAGAUCAAAUGGACCAGAAAUGGCUUUGUGAAAUGGACAAGGGAAGGAGCAGAAGUCAAAUGGACAAGGGGUUGGAGCAGAGGUCAAAUGGACCAGAAAUGGCUUUGUGAAAUGGACAAGGGAUGCAGCAGAGGUGAAAUGGACAAGAAUUGGAGCAGAGGUGAAAUGGAUCAGAGAUAGCUUUGUGAAAUGGACAAGGGAUGCAGCAGAGGUGAAAUGGAUCAGAGAUAGCUUUGUGAAAUGAACAAGGGAUGGAGUAGAGGUGAAAUAGACCAGAGAUGGCUUUGUGAAAUGGAUGGGUCUUGCAAAGAGAUUGGCUCUGGGGUUGGGAGACAGUGAGGAGUCCAGGGCUACUCCCAGGAGAGAGGAGGGGACACUGUGAAGGGGUUUUGAGGUAAAUGGAAUUUGGGGGAGGGGAAAUCACCCAGCUCCAAUCUCUGAGCAUGUGUUUAGGCCCUAAGUCAGAGGACACUAGCCCUCUGUGAUUGGGUCCACUUGGAACCCCUGGUCCUAAGGCACUUGGUGUAAGGUGGACCCUCCCACUGUGGGAGUGUUUAUCUUUGCAGAGCUGCAGAGGGGAAGGGCCCUAAUGGGCAGAGGCUGUGUGAGAGCUCUCCUAAAGGGGGAGCAGCGUGGCCAAGGAGGAUGGGUCUGCCGCCACAGAUAUUAGUCCUCUUGAGUCCGCUGGACAGAAGAGGUCAGCCUCCGCCCAGCACAGUGACGGUCCAGGACAUCCAGGAGCACCUGGCCCAGGGGCACGUGGCCAUCGUCCUGGUCAACGCAGUCCUGCUACUGUGCGACCUGUGCUCCAGCCCCGUCAAGUACUGCUGCUUCCUGCCCAUUGGCCAGAAGUGCUUCUGCAGGGGCCCGGACUACCAGGGCCACUUCAUCGUGCUCUGUGGCUACAACAGGGCCUCCGAGAGCAUCUUCUACAACAACCCGGCCUAUGCGGACCGUGAGUAG